CUGGGCAUGGGGAGAUGGCAAGAAAGGAUGGAUGCUCUUUGCAGCUUUCCAGACUUACUGCAUUCCAGCCCCCCUGAAACCCAGCGUGCUAGGGAUUGUGUACGCAGCAGGCGCCGUAUUCAUCCAGAAUAGGAAGCAUUCCACGUCCUGAACAGCUAACUGUCUCAAAAGCAAGAACAGAUUGAGGCAAAAUGCACAACCAGAGAUGUGCCAAGCAGUAGGCUUGGCAGCAUCACUCCAUUAUCUUCUGUUGUUGGGCUGAGAUGUUGGCCUGGGUGCUGACGCACAUAUGUAAUUUUCCCCUUCCUUAACUCCAUGCUCAUCUCUGGGUGCUUCUUCUUAGAUUUGAUCCAUCCUUCUCCUAGAUGAGCUAAACCUAGAGAAUUAUUGCUGAGUAGUACUUUGCUCUGCAGAGUGCUGUGCGCUGUGACUGCGUGGUUCUUCCAGCUCUUUUUGAGAUGUAGGAUAAGAGCCUGACUUCAAGGAGGACUCCGUUGGUGUUGCAUUGUGAUGCCACGUGGUAGGCUACAGCUAUGCUGAAUUUCUGGCUCUCCCUACCUCCAAGAUGCAAAUAAAUACAUUGGUGGAAAAAUCCCAAACCCACAGUUCUGCAUUUUACAUCUUCUGUGACAAACUGGGCUAGUAUUUUGAUAUUGUUCCUGUUGAUUAGUAAAUUCUGAUCUAAUGCUUUUGGUCUAGUGUUUGAAAUCAGGACUUUGCUUGUUAAAAUCUGGUGUGUCUGAGGCAUGAACACAGCCGUGCAGGUGGCUCUUUAGACAAGUGAUUCAAUUUAAGGCUUCUGUAGCUUUCAAAGGUGCCGAGCACAUUGCCCAUAGGGAGCAAAGGGGCUCAGUGCUUCUGCAUAUCUGGACUCUGGGGUUCUUUGCAUCCAUAUACAGCAUAGGGUUGGUGCUGCCCAAGAGCUGUGUGAACUGAACUGGUUAGGGAAUAAUCUUUCCAAGACUGUGGGGUGCCCACUUUUGUGCUUGGCUUUUGUUUCUAACCCUCACGGAUAGUCUGUGUGAAACAGCAGGCCUUGGAUUCUCUCUCAAAAUGCCAUAGAGCUGCUCCUCACUUUACUGCAUUAUUCUUCCACUGCUGUCAGUCUUUGCUCCUCAGUUCAGGGGUGUUUUAAGACUGUUGAACCUCACACCUGCUGGUGAGGAGUGAACAUCUUUGUAUUCAUCCGACAGCCACGUGAAGGAAUCUCUGCACCCUCCAGGAAGGAUCAUGUAACAGUGAUUUCUCACCUGCCUUUGGAGACUGGGAGCUGUUAGGGGUGAUGGUGACAGAAAUGUUAUGUUAAGCUGGGAAAGAGUUGCUGACUUGCACAUCAGUCCAGAAGUGGACAGAGAUCUACCAGAGCAUCCUUAAUCUCAGAAACAAUUUGGUUAAAAGUAAUUGUUCUUUCAGGUUUUUGUUGACACUUGGCUGUUGUCAGGGUUGUGUCCCUGUGGGUUUUCGGAGGAAAACUGUUUGUGUAAUUGCUGCCCUUGACAAAAUGAAGUAGUUACCAAGAAAGGUGGUGGAGGUGACAUCCUCAGGGUACCUUCACACAAAUUCGCACAGCAACAGUGCGUUCAGUCGGUGAUGUUCUGUCAACACGAGCUUUCUUUAGCCACUGAGGCAAUGUGCCUACGUGUUUAUAACUCUGAUAAGGCUUUUGUUUUUAGCACAGUGGCUCAGAGUGUCUUUAUGGGCGAGAUGAGACCGCAGUGUGAUCCCAAAAGCUGAAGUCAUGAAUCGAGCCCUCUUGCUUGGUGUGUUAGAUAUGCUUAAAAAUCAAGGAGGUCUGCAAGGCAGCUGGUUCUGUGUACUUUCUGUGUAUAGUUCUAGAUUUUUAAUACUCCUAUGCUUCGCUCUGAUAACUUGAGGCCUGAAAUGUUAAUAUUUUUGUUUUUAAAUGGAAACAGAACUCCUGAUGAAAUCGUGUGAUUCAGGAAGCUGGAGACUGAUGAACAAACCUUUGUUGCUAUAGAAAUGAGUAAACUUGUAACAUGUUAUGUCUCCUUUUGGACAGAAAGUCAGAGCUUUCAAGUGAAUUCCAGGCUAGCCUUUAGGAGCCCGAAUGUCCACUUCUGACAGCGUCCCCUGAUUCAUAGAACGAGUGCAGCUUUUCCUCCUCAAGGAGAGGAGCUUGUGAGAGCUGGAGCAGAAGCUGAAGGUUGUGGUCUCUCCCUGGAUGCUUUGAGAUCUGAUGACCCCAUCUGCUCAGUUGCAGAACCAGAUGCUAUUAAAACUGCCAAGAGAGGGCCAGCAGGAGGGAAGGUUGGGGCUUUGUCUACAGGAGAAUUGGUGCUUCUCUGUGUAGUCAUUGUAGGUGCUUGGAAAGCACGCAGCUCUUCCUGUGCUAUACUGUGAGAUGGUCAGCCCUGUGCAGAGCCUUGAUCAUGCAAGGUCAUUGUCUCUAAACCAGAGUAGUUAAGAGAUUGACUAACUUUAUUUCUGGUUCCUUUCCAGGCUCAUGGUCUGCAGCACCAUGCAGGAUCCCAGCCCUCGCUCUGCGAGCCAGAGGUGAAUCCAUGGGAAGGCCAGCUAUUGUGGUAGCUGUCAGGAUGACCAAAGCACGGCUCCUCCGUCUCUCUGUGGUGCUGGUCUCCAUCUUCAUGAUCCUCCUGAUCAUCGUCUACUGGGACAACGUGGGAACAGCUCACUUCUACCUGCACACAUCCUUUUCCAGGCCUCAUUCCCCAGAGUCCAUCCCCGGUAUCACUGCAGGUGGGGAGUGGGAAGCCUUGCCAGAGGUGGAUGAGUUUUUAGCAAAGCUGCUUAGUGCAAGCCUGAAACAGAACAGCUCUACUUCCCGAAAGACAGAGCAGCUGCUCGUCCAGGGCUCCAACAAGCCUGUGGUGAGCAAUUUGGAGGAGAACAUACGGGGCUAUGACUGGUCGACGCACAAUGCCAGAAACAGCUUAGACCAAGAGAAGCUGCAGAUAGAGAGGCAGAGAACACUGCGGGAGUUUUGUGCCAAUUCCAGCUUUGCCUUCCCCACCAAAGAGCGCUCCUUUGAUGACAUCCCAAACUAUGAGCUCAACCACCUAAUUGUGGAUGACCGCCACGGCAUCAUCUACUGCUACGUCCCCAAGGUUGCCUGCACCAACUGGAAACGGGUGAUGAUUGUGCUGAGUGAGAGCCUGCUGGACCAAGGGGUCCCAUACCGGAACCCCCUGGACAUCCCACGGGAGCACGUCCACAAUACCAGCACCCACUUGACUUUCAACAAAUUCUGGCGUCGAUACGGGAAAUUCUCCCGGCAUCUCAUGAAGAUCAAACUGAAGAAGUACACAAAGUUCCUCUUCGUGAGAGACCCUUUUGUCCGCCUCAUCUCUGCCUUUCGCAGCAAAUUUGAGCUGGAGAACGAGGAGUUCUACCGGCGUUUUGCCAUCCCCAUGCUAAAGCUGUAUUCCAACCAUACCAACCUUCCCACCUCUGUUAGCGAGGCCUUCGGGGCGGGCCUCAAAGUCUCCUUUUCUGACUUCAUCCAGUACUUACUGGAUCCCAGGACAGAGAAGAUGGCCCCUUUCAACGAGCACUGGCGGCAGGUGUACCGGCUGUGCCACCCGUGCCAGAUAGACUAUGAUUUCAUCGGGAAGCUGGAGACGCUGGAUGAGGACGCUGCUUAUCUCUUGCAGCUUCUCAAAGUGGACAGGCUGCUCCGCUUCCCCCCCAGCUACCGGAACAGGACUGCCAGCAGCUGGGAGGAUGACUGGUUUGCUAAAAUCCCCCUGGCUUGGAGGCAGCAGCUCUACAAGCUGUAUGAGGCAGACUUUGUGCUCUUUGGCUACCCCAAGCCAGAAAACUUGCUUAAAGACUAAAAGCGAUUGGGCUGCGGGUGUGGGAGGGAACAUCUGAAAUACCAAAAACGUUUAAAGCCGCCUCAUUUUUUUCUUUUACCUCCCUUCUCCAUAAAGGUUGGUACAAUGGAAUAUAUUUUUUCUACCGCUUCCCCUUCCAUUUUUGCAGUAAUGCCAAGUUCAGGAUAUUUCCAUCCGGCUGUGCAUAAGGAAAAAAUGCCAGUAUUUUUAUCAUUGUUUUCUGGGUUUCCUUUUU